CUGGUUGACGCCGUCAGUUCAGUAGUCAGGGCGCGCGUCUUUCAAGGUUUCCCAUUCCCUUGCUGGGGGUUCAGUCUGUGCGCUAUCACUAUGAGAGCAGUGUGGUUGAAGCGGUCAAUCAUCAUACUGGGGGGGAUCGGGCUCCUCGUCUACGUGGGCAUGUUUCUGAAGGGUGGAUAUAAGCCUGACGAACGUCUGGAGACAAGCAUCAACAAUCUUCACAAUGUAGUCAGAGCUUUUGAGAAAAAGCAGGACACCCUGCAGAAAAUGCUUGAAGAGGACAGACUCAGAUGGAGAAAAGCUGCAGAGGUCAAACAGCCAACUGUCAAAACACAGCCAGAGCAGAAAGAGAAACCUGAAGCAAAAAUCCCAGACCAAAAGGAGACUCCUCAAGAGAAAAAGUCUAAUAAACUGUUUCCCAACUCUCCCCUGUUCAAGACGUGGGGGGAGAAUCUCUCUGAGGAUGACCAAAGAGAGGCACAGGGUUUGUUUGACAAAUAUGGAUACAACGUUUUUCUCAGCGAUCGCCUCCCUCUAGAUCGAGCUCUUCCAGAUACCAGGGAUCCAAGGUGUCUGAAAAAGAGUUACCCAGAAGACUUACCAAGUAUUGGAGUAGUGUUGAUCUACCUGAAUGAGGCCCUGUCUAUUAUCAAAAGAGCUAUGCGCAGCAUCAUUGACCGCACCCCUAAACACCUGCUGAAGGAGAUCAUAUUGGUGGAUGACAAUAGCUCUGAAGAAAACCUGAAGGGUGACCUUGACAUGUACGUGAAGUCGCUCGAGCAGGAGAACCCAAGUCUCGCUAUCAUAAGGGUGAGGCACAAUGAGUCAUAUGGCCUGUCUCACGCCAGGGCGUCUGGCUGGAGGGCUGCUACUGCUGACGUGGUGGCCAUCCUGGAUGCGCACAUCGAAGUCCAUGAGCUGUGGGCGGAACCCCUGCUGACGCAGAUCAAGGCUGACCGAACGGUGGUGACAUCCCCUGUGUUUGACAAAGUACUCUUUGAUGACCUCAAGGUUAUUCCAUACCAGCCAGCAUCACACGCCUUCGACUGGGCUUUAUGGUGCAUGUAUGAGAGCUUUUCGGACGAGUAUUACAAACUCAAUGACGGCUCGUUGCCUGGAAAAAGUCCAUCUGUCAUGGGGAUCCUAGUUGCUGAAAGAAAGUAUCUGGGAGAAAUCGGACUCCUCGAUGAAGGAAUGAAAGUGUACGGUGGAGAAAAUGUUGAGCUGGGAAUUCGAGUGUGGACAUGUGGAGGCAGUAUUGAAGUAGUUCCAUGCUCCAAGAUUGCCCACAUUGAGAGGAACCACAAGCCCUACAUGCCUGACCUGAGCAAAGCCAUGAAGAGAAACGCCCUGAGGGUAGCAGAAGUCUGGAUGGAUGAAUACAAACACAACGUCAACUUGGCUUGGAACUUGCCGUUUGAGAAUCACGGAAUUGACAUUGGGGAUGUCUCUGAAAGGAAAAAACUCAGGGAAAGGUUGAACUGUAAACCUUUCAAAUGGUACCUGGAAAAUGUGUAUCCCAAGUUGGAUCCCUUGACUAACCUAGUUGCCUAUGGAGGAAUAAGGAAUCUUGAUGCUGACCAGUGCAUAGACCAAGGACCAGUACCAGGUCACACACCCAUUGCCUACAAUUGCUACUACUAUGGACCUCAAAUGUGUUAUUAUCGGACAAACGGUGAGCUCUAUAUCGGCGGCAUCAAGUCCCACAAGUACAAUGACAACCGGUGUUUAACUGACCCGGGGAAAAAAGAAAAGGAGCCUGGCCUUCAUAACUGCAAAGAGGCUAAGCAGAAAGGAAUGGGGAUUCACUGGGACUUCACUCAGGGCAAAGAACUGAAGAACAGAGAUACAAAAAGGUGUCUGGAGAUUAAGAAUGGCGUGCUUCUAAUACAGGAAUGCUCUGGCCAAAGAUGGGAAAUCCAAAACAUAAUCAAAGCCUUUUAAAGUGUGCGGCCAACAAGAAGUGCACUUCUCUGCUCAUUGGUCAGUGAAUAAUAUCACCUGAAUGUGUAAAAUGGACAUUUGCUCAA